AUGGACGUUGAUGACCAUCAGGCGUGUACGUCUAUGGACGUUUCAGAUAAUUUACAAUUAUCUGAUCAGAUUGAAUGGCGGUUUUCACAAGUCAAAGGCAAUAUUGAUCCCGACGAAGGCAUUACUUCAGAUGCUGAUAUCAUUUCUUGUGUUGAAUUUUCGCACGAUGGGGAGUUUCUAGCAACUGGUGAUAAAGGUGGACGUGUAGUAAUUUUUCAGCGUGAUCAAAGUGUAAGUAAUGCUGGUCUUCUCUUUUUAAUUUGUCUCGACGAUAACAGUGACCAUUGCGUUUCAUGUCAUAUUUCUAGUGGGAAAUUCGUGAAUGGUCAACGAUCAACAGAUUAUAACGUUUAUUCAACGUUUCAAUCGCACGAACCAGAAUUCGACUACCUCAAGUCGUUGGAAAUUGAGGAAAAAAUUAAUCAAAUCAAAUGGCUCAAAAGGAAGAACGCUGCCAAUUUUAUCCUAUCGACUAAUGACAAAACGAUUAAACUUUGGAAAAUUUCUGAGCGUGAGAGGAAAGUGGCUGAUGGAGGUUGGAAUUUAGCCCGUAACCCGGAUGGUUCGAUUGGUGGGUUUAAUGGCCAUUUAAAACUUCCCCAGUUAGUACCAAUGGAACUAAUUGUUGAAGCAUCUCCGCGUCGAGUAUAUGGCAAUGCACACACUUAUCAUGUGAACUCAAUUAGUGUUAAUUCUGAUCAGGAGAUGUUCCUUUCUGCUGAUGAUCUUCGAAUUAAUUUAUGGCACUUGGAAAUCACAAACGAAAGUUUCAAUAUUGUUGAUAUUAAACCUGCGAAUAUGGAGGAAUUAACUGAAGUAAUAACAGCAGCUGAAUUUCAUCCAACACAAUGCCAUUGGUUUGUUUAUAGUUCAUCAAAAGGUUCAAUUCGACUUUGCGAUAUGCGUGAUCGUGCAUUAUGCGAUACACAUGCUAAACUAUUCGAGGAAAGUGAAGAUCCGCAGAGUCGUUCGUUUUUCUCAGAGAUUAUAGCAUCUGUAUCCGAUGUUAAGUUCUCACAUAAUGGACGCUAUUUGCUUACGCGUGAUUAUCUAACUGCUAAGGUAUGGGAUGUGAACAUGGAAUCAGGUCCAGUUGAAACAUAUCCGGUGCAUGAAUAUCUCAAGUCAAAAUUAUGUACUUUAUAUGAAAAUGAUUCGAUAUUCGAUAAAUUUGAAGUGGGCUGGAGUGGUGAUGAUGCUCAGAUUCUUACGGGAUCGUAUAACAAUUUCUUUCGAACAUUUCAACGAGGUUGUCUAGAGACAGCAAAAACUUAUGAGGCGCACAUUGAAAAACCGGGAACAGCGCUGCGUGCACGACGUGUGAUAGCGCAGGGUUCAACUCGUGGAAGUAAGAAACGCGCACACACAGGUGGUAUACCUGACUCGAAUGCUGAAGAAGAGAUUAAUGCAGACGUAUUGGAUUUCACUAAGAAGAUUCUACAUACUGCAUGGCAUCCACACCAAAAUAUUAUUGCUCUAGCUGCAACGAAUCGUCUUUAUAUUUUUCAAGACAAAUGA